AUGACCGUCUCCUACACGCUCAAAGUCGCCGACUCCCGUUUCGGGGGCUUCUCCAAGCUGCUCUUCCGCUGGAAGGGCAGCAUCUACAAGCUGCUGUACAAGGAGUUCAUCGUCUUCGUGGUGCUGUACGCGCUGCUCAGCGUCGUCUACCGGCGGCUGCUGACCGAGGAGCAGAAGCGUCUCUACACCAAAGUGGCUCAGUACUGCAACCGCUCCACGGACCUCAUCCCCAUGUCCUUCGUCCUAGGUUUUUACGUCACCCUGAUCGUGAACCGGUGGUGGGCGCAGUACACCAGCAUCCCCCUGCCCGACCAGCUCAUGUGCAUCAUCUCCAGCAACGUCCACGGCAAGGACGAGAGGGGUCGGAUCCUGCGGCGCACCCUCAUCCGCUACGCCAACCUCUCGGCCGUCCUCAUCCUGCGCUCCGUCAGCACCAGGGUGCUCAAGCGCUUCCCCACCAUGGACCACGUGGUGGAAGCGGGCUUCAUGACGCAGGACGAGCGCAAGAAGUUCGAGAGCCUGCACUCGGACUUCAACAAGUACUGGGUGCCCUGCGUGUGGUUCACCAACCUGGCGGCGCAGGCCAGGCGGGACGGCCGCAUCCGCGACGACGUGGCCCUGCGCCUGCUGAUGGACGAGCUGAACGCGUACCGGGCCAAGUGCAGCAUGCUGUUCCACUACGACUGGAUCAGCAUCCCGCUGGUGUACACGCAGGUGGUCACCAUCGCCGUGUACUCCUUCUUCGCCUUCUGCCUCAUCGGGCGGCAGUUCCUGGAGCCGCUGGAGCCGGGGCAGGAGGGGGAUCUGGACAUGUACGUGCCCCUCUCCACCCUCCUGCAGUUCUUCUUCUACGCCGGCUGGCUGAAGGUUGCCGAGCAGAUCAUUAACCCGUUCGGGGAAGACGACGAUGACUUCGAGACCAACAAGCUGAUAGACAGGAAUCUGCAGGUGUCCCUGCUCUCGGUGGAUGACAUGUACCAGAACCUGCCGCCAGCCGCCAAGGACAAGUACUGGAACGAGUCCACGGCUCAGCCCCCCUACACCAUGGCCACCGCCGCCGAGACCCUGAAGCCCUCCUUCCUGGGCUCCACCUUCGACAUGCGCAUGUGCGAGGACGCGGAGCAGAGCCAGCCGGUGGAGGUCUCGCCGAGCAUGCCGCGCAUCCAGACGCCCCUGCUCGGCCGCUUCCUCGCCGCCGCCUCCCCCGCCAUCAGCAUCAAAAAUUUCAGCCGGGGCGGCCGAGCCACCCCCCACCUGCGGCGUCCCCGGGGGGACGGAGCCUUCCCCUCCCCGCACCCUGGCCGCCCCGAGGACCCCGAGGCGGUGGAUCGCAUCGAGGAGGAGGAGACGGAGGAUGAGGAGAGCCGGGGCAGCGAGCCCCCCAUGCGGGGUGGUCCCCUGGGGGGACCCCGGUCGCCGAAGGCCUCCGAAAUGCGGAGGAAGGAGCUGCCGCUGGUCCUGGUGAAGGCUCCGUCCAGCGAGAGCAUCGGGGCUGAGCGGCCGGGGGGCUGGGAGCCCUGAGGGUGCCCCGAUGGCAACCCCGACCCUGUCCCCAGACACCCCCUCGUGCCCCCCUGCAUGGUUUUUCUCCAGCCAGCCCUGCGCCAGGUUGGUGGGGAGGUCCCGGUGGUUUUGGGGUUGGGCACGCAGCAUUCAAAGCCAGCUGUUAGCCCCAAAAUUGCAGGAUUCAGCUCGUGUGUGUGGCGAUGCCACUCACUGGUACGGCCACGCUCACUCCCUGCUACCAAGGGCCAACAGAGGGGACAGGGGACAGCCCAGACACCGAGCAAGGGACAGGACAACGGCAUUCGGCGCCGUGCUGAUGGCCCCUCGGCGUCAAUAAAGCUGCUGCCAGCUCCAGCUUUCAGGUUCGUUCUUGGCGGUGCAAAGAGGGUGGAUUCCAUCCCCUGGACUGACGCCGGGGACUGUCGCGGGGUGUUAGACCCAGCAACAGAGCCAGAUGCUGUAAAGCAAAAGGGCGCACACGCCCCUGGCCAGGUGCCACCCCGUCCCAUUCCCAUGUCACACCUACGGCACGGUGGCAGUGCCGGCUUCGUUCCCACGGGCCGUUGCCCUUGGCUGCCGCGUUUCGGAGCAAUGACACCAAUGCAAUUUACAAGCAGCGCGCACUGAUGAAUUAGGCAUAAUCCUGCUCGUCAGGGGUUUACAGCCCCUGCCCUUACCCCAACACGGCAAUUGUCUCGGUUUCUCCCUCCGUACAAAGUCCCCCAGGAACACCCUGAAUCCUGUUUGCUCUCCGCAGAGGGCGAGCAGAGAGAAACAAACCGGGAGGAAGCAGCCGUGACACAUCCCUCCCAAACGCCCUUUAUCGCGUCCGCCCUGCCUCUCUGGAAAUAGGCGUUGCUAGAAAGCAGGGAAAGUUUACCCGAGAUCGCUAUGGAGAAGGAACGCGCUUGUGCAAACGUCACGCCCCGGCCAGGUCCCACCUCGAGACUCCAGGAGCGCCUGGUCCCACCCUGCAGGCACAGCGCCGGGCCGAGGCAGCGGUGCCGCGCUCCCACCAGGGCAGAUGUGAGGUUGGGUAGGGGGGGCACGCACCUGGCAGGCACGCACUCCAGAACUAGACGCCACAUUUAUUUAUUUCAAGUUGUUCAUCAUCGAAUGCCCCAAAACAUCUGGAAAGGUUCGUACUGUUCAGCAGUUUUCCAAUCCCGCAAGUGACAGGGCAGAAAGCUGGAACUUGUCCCCAGCUUUCGAAAGGGGCAGGCCACGAGGAGAGCCCGGCCCUUCUGCUAGAAGGGAUUUCUCUUGCACUGGGAUGAGACCAGGGAGGUCAGGGAGAGACCAGCCAGUCACUUAGCAGUGCAGCCGCAUUCAGCAGCUUCGAGACAAGGCAGGGGACCCCGAGGUGAGCGUGCACGGGGAACCCCGUCAGCUCCCGGAACGGCAGAACUCCAACGGGGGUGGGCACCCGCACCUUCCUCCUGCAGCCUUUUCCACGCCCGUCUGGUCCACCAAGUCACCGUCCCAGCGCCCCGUGAGACGGUUUAGUC